AUGUACGGCCAUGAACAGCUAUGUGCGGGCGUCCAGGGCUACCUAGGGCUACGUACGGCUCUGUAUGGCUAUGCGGCGCUAUGUACGGCUAUGUACGGUUAUGCGCGGCUAUGCACGGUUUUGUUUGGCUACGUAGGGCUAUGCACGGCUUUCCACGGCUAUGCACGGUUAUGUACGGCUAUGUACGGCUAUCCACGGCUAUGUACGGCUAUGCACGGCUUUGUACGGCCAUGUACGGCCCUGUAUGGGUAAGUACGGAAAUGUAGGGCUAUCUACAGUUAUGUACGGCUAUGCACGGCUGUGUAAGGCUAUGCACGGCCAUGCGCGGCUAUAUACGGCUAUACGCGGCUAUGUACGUCUAUGUGAGGCUAUGCACGGCAAUUUACGGUAAUGCGCGGUUAUGUACUGCUAUGUACCGCUAUGCGAGGCUAUGCACCGCUGUGUAAGGCCAUGCGUGGCUAUGCACAGCCAUGCACGGCUAUGUACGGCUAUCCACAGCUAUGUAUGGCUGUGCGCGGCUAUGUACGGCUAUGGAUGGCUAUACGCGGCUAUGUACUUCUAUGUGCGGCUAUACACGGCUAUGUACGGCAAUGCGUGGUUAUGUACGGCUAUGUACUGCUAUGCGAGGCUAUGCACGGCUGUGUAAGGCCAUGCGCGGCUAUGCACGGCUGUCCACAGCUAUGUAUGGCUGUGCGCGGCUAUGUACGGCUAUGGAUGGCUAUACGCGGCUAUGUACUUCUAUGUGCGGUUAUGCACGGCUAUGUACGGCAAUGCGCGGUUAUGUACGGCUAUGUACUGCUAUGCGAGGCUAUGCACGGCUGUCUAAGGCCAUGCGUGGCUAUGCACGGCUAUGCGCGGCUAUGCACGGCUAUCCACAGCUACGUAUGGCUGUGCGCGGCAAUGUACGGAUAUGCGCGGUUAUCCACAGCUACAUAUGGCUGUGCGCGGCUAUGUACGGAUAUGUGCGGCCAUCCACAGCUACAUAUGGCUGUGCGUGGCUAUGUACGGCUAUGGACGGCUAUGUGCGGCUAUGCACGGCUAUGAACGGCUAUGCGCAGCUAUGUACGGCAAUGCGCGGCUAUGUACGGCCAUCCAUGGCUAUGCACGGCAUGGUACGGCUGUGUAAGGCUAUGUAGAUUUUAUGUACGGCUGUUUACGGCUAUGCAUGGUUUUGUUCGGCUAUGUUAGGCUAUGCACAGCUUUGCACGGCUAUUCACGGUUAUGUACGGCUAUGUACGGCCAUGCAUGGCUCUCCAGGGCACGGUACGGUUGUUUAAGGCUAUGUAGGGCCAUGUAGAGCUUACGUACGGCCAAGCGUGGCUAUGAACGGCUAUGUACUGCGAGGUGCGCUCUACACGGCUAUGCACGGUUAUGUAGGGCUAUGUAGGGCUUAUGUACGGCUAUGCAUGGCUAUAUACGGCCAUGCAUGGCUAUGCAAGGCUAUGUGCGGCCAUACAUGGCUAUGCAGGGCAUGGUACGGCCUUGUAAGGAUAUGUGGAGCUUAUGNCUAAGGCCAUGCGUGGCUAUGCACGGCUAUGCGCGGCUAUGCACGGCUAUCCACAGCUACGUAUGGCUGUGCGCGGCAAUGUACGGAUAUGCGCGGUUAUCCACAGCUACAUAUGGCUGUGCGCGGCUAUGUACGGAUAUGUGCGGCCAUCCACAGCUACAUAUGGCUGUGCGUGGCUAUGUACGGCUAUGGACGGCUAUGUGCGGCUAUGCACGGCUAUGA